AUGGCGGAUCACGACCGUCCACGGCACUCUCGCCCUAAUGCCAAUGACAACACCAAUGUUGCUCCUUACAAUCCUGGCCUCUCCAUCACGACUCGACCCGCCAACACGGAUCACGAUCACAACCAACAACAAUCAUCGGAACGUCAGCAUGAAUUUCGUUCGGCUCCCAGCACCGCUCGUCCCCGCCUCGCCGGCAGACGCACCAUGUCGGCCAAGUCGGAAGUGAGGCGUCUCUCUUCCCUCUUUGUGCCUCCUCACGCCGAGUCGCCCGAGGCCGGAGCCAACCCUCCCUCCGGCUCCCGUCUUGGCUUCCUCUCCAAAGCCUCGCCUUCCAUGGCUUCUCUCGUAGAGCCUCUCAGCCCCAUUCGCUCCUUCUACGGCGGUAUCACUGGAAAAGGCGGUCCUGGCUCUCGCAGGCGUCGCAAGGACAAGUUUCGCUCCUAUGAUGACGCCAAGUUUGAGGACGAGAUGAACUUGCCCGGCUCCGGUGGCAACGGUAUUCGUGUCUGGUACGAAUCCUACACCACCAUCGACUGGAUCCACGAUGCCAUCAAGGAGAGCUCCCGCCUUCGUCGCAUUCGCAACCUCAAGGGCGUUCGUGGCUUUGCCCUCAACAUCUGGGACCGUCUCCAAGGCUGGAUCAUUGUCACCAUCACCGGCAUCGUAACCGCUCUCAUCGCUGGAUGCAUCGUCAAGUCUGAGGCGGUUCUGUUCGAUCUCAAAGACGGCUACUGUGCAAGAGACUGGAGGCUCGCAAAGCGCUUCUGUUGCCCCUACGGUGACGCUCCCGACUGGGAUCAUCCUUCCAUUACCACCUCCGCCUGGUCUUACCGUACGCCUUUCAUGCCCGACACCGCGCCCAGCUCAUCCUUUCCCGCUGAUGCUGUUCAGUCCAUGCUGUCUGGCAUCGGCAAAGGCAACCGCAUUCUCAGCGGCUGGGCGGGACCCGUGGCCGGCAGUCCGGCCUGGUCCAAGCUGGCUGUUUCCACUGCAAACGCUGUCAAUACCACCCUGCUUGCUGCACUUACUCCGGUCGAUUCGGAAACCGAAGACUGUCCCGGCUGGAUCACUUGGCGCCAGAAGUUUGGUUCAGUCAAGGACAAGAACUCGCUCGCCGGCUACGCCAUGUACUUUGCCGUUGCUGUCUUGUGGGCAUCCAUCGCCAGCAUCCUCACCAUCUAUCUCACCUCCAGCGAACUCUACCUUAAAGAUAAGGAUGCUGCUUCACCUACCACCACCAUCUUGAACCAGAAGCCAACUUGGGAUUCUCAAGACGGUCACGAUCCGGACGAUGAACCUACCGAGACUACCGCGCUGCUUGGGCAGCAUCACAACGAACAACCAUCUCGAUCGACUUCCACAGCUACUGCUGCCGCCGCCACCGAAAGGGCAGAGCGCGCCGCUUCGAGAAAUUACGCUCGUCUCGCCAAUGAACACCGCGCCCAAAAGGCCAUCCUACCAAGGAAGGUGCUCUACUUUGCCACCGGCUCGGGUAUCUCCGAAGUCAAAUGCAUCCUGAGUGGGUUCGUCAUCCACGGAUACCUCGGCUUCUGGACUCUGUUCACCAAGUCGGUCGGCCUCACGCUUUCGGUCGCCUCCGGCCUCUCGCUCGGCAAGGAAGGUCCCUUUGUGCACAUUGCGUCGUGUGUCGGCAACAUCGUCUGCCGCGUCUUCCCCAAGUACGAAAAUAAUGAGGGCAAACGUCGCGAGAUGCUCUCGUGCGCCUGUGCAGCCGGUGUCGCCGUGGCCUUUGGUGCUCCCGUCGGUGGUGUCCUUUUCUCGCUCGAAGAGGUGAGCUACUAUUUCCCGAGCAAGGUUAUGUUCCGCUCCUUCUUCUGCGCCAUGGUCGCCGCUGCCACUCUGCGCGCCAUCGAUCCAUUCGGAACGGGAAAGAUUGUGCUCUUCCAGGUUACUUAUGACAAGGACUGGCAUUUCUACGAGAUGCUCUUCUUCGUGCUGAUUGGCAUCUUUGGUGGUUUCUAUGGCGCCUAUUUCACCAAACUCAACAUGUUCUGGGCCAAAAAUGUGCGCGCAAAGACCUGGAUGGCCCGCCACCCUAUCCUCGAGGUCGUCGUCAUUACCAUCGUCUCGGCUGCAUUCAGCUUCUUCAACGGCUACACGCGUAUGGGAGGUGUCGAGCUCAUCGCCGACCUGUUCAGCGAGUGUCACGAGCACGAGUCGCUGGAAGGGCUGUGUGUCUCACAGCCGUCGCAGAUUGGACCGCUCAUCAUGGCCAUCUUGUGGGCCAUGGUGUUGAAGGGCGCGCUCACCAUCAUCACUUUCGGCAUCAAGCUGCCCGCGGGUAUCUUCAUCCCCACGCUGGCGGUGGGUGCGUGCUUUGGCCGUAUCGUAGGCUUGCUGGUUCAGUAUGCCCAGUGGACACAUCCGGAGGCUGGCUUUUUCAGCUGGUGCCCUGCUUCGGAUUCGGCAUGCAUCGUGCCCGGCGUCUACGCCAUGGUCGGAGCAGCGGCUGCGCUGUCGGGCGUCACCCGCACUACGGUUUCACUUGCGGUCAUCAUGUUUGAGCUCACGGGCACGCUCACGUACUCGGUGCCCGUGAUGCUGUCGAUCUUGGUGGCCAAGACGAUCGCAGACGCGCUUGAGCACAAGGGCAUCUACGAUCUGGUGAUUGAUUUCUCGGGGCUGCCGUAUCUGGACAGCAAGACCGAGUAUAUCUGGAACGGCGUCAACGUAACUGACGCUAUGGAGACCGAGAUCGAGGUGAUCGCUCUGAAUGCCAUCAACACGGUCCAGUCGCUCAGCGAGAAGCUGGACCGUCUCGCGCGGGGGUCGGGCUACACGGAUGGCGGGUUUCCCAUUGUCGCGCGAGUGGAAUCGACAUCUUCGUCGACGACGCUCCCGCCCGCUUCACCAGGGCUGUCGGCAAGCGUUGGGUCGAUGACGGACCACAUUCCUCAGUUCUCUGGAAUUGAUGAGGCGGCGGGCCCAUCCGCAGCAGCAACGACAUCGAAGUACCAGAUGGUCGGCUACAUCGCAGCCAGCGAACUUGAGCAUGCAUUGGCACGUGCGGUUCGAUGCAACUCAGACAUGAAACCCGAAGCGGCACACUGCUCGUUCAAGAACUUGCCGUUUGUCCGGGCCGAGAACGAGGGGGAAGCCGGCGUGCGCGACUCGGUGCUCUUCACGGCUUCUGACCCGCUCGAUUUGAGCAGAUACGUGGAUAAGGCACCGAUCAUCGUCCAGGUGCAUUCGCCGCUGGAGCUGGUGCAUCAGUACUUUACGCGUCUGGGCGUGCGCUACCUGAUCGUGGUGGACGAGAGGGGGCUGUACAAGGGUGUGAUUUUCAAGAAGAGCUAUUUGAAGUUUUUGGCGGAUAUGGAGGAGCAGGGGAAGGAUGCGCAUUAA